AUGCCGACGUUUCAAUCUAACCCAGUCAAACCGUCUCGUACGAGCACGCUGCUACGCAAACACCCAUCCUUGUUUGGUGUACCGUUCAUCGUCAUGAUGGUCGCUGCGUCCUUCGGCCUGGCACAGUUCACGCAGACGCGGUAUGACUUGCAGGAUCAGAAGGUGACCCAGGCAAGCUAUUUGCUGCUUGCUCACCGCUCUUCCUCAUUCACGCACAUCUCACAGGUUACGAAAGAGCAGGCACUGGGCCUCAAGGCUAACCGCAAGAAGUUCGACAUCCGGGAGGAAUACUUUAAACUCUCUUCGUCUGGCGACGAGGAUUGGGAACCGAAGAGAAUACAGCGCCCGAAGGGUCUACCAGAAUGGGGUGUACCUCCAUCCGAACCGCCUCAGAGGAAGGAUACAUGA